CUGAGCCUGUGGGCGGAGGGACGGUGAGGAGGUCGGGCGUGGCCUGGAGGUGCCGGACGACUUUGAAAGGCCGUUUGGAUAAAGUCGGCGGUAGCGGCCGGGCCCAUGUUUGUGCAAGAGGAGAAGAUCUUUGCGGGGAAGGUGGUGCGGCUCCACAUCUGCACCAUGGAGGGGGCCGAGUGGGUGGAGGAGGUGACCGAGGACACAGGGAUCGAGAAGCUCAAGGAGCGCUGCCUGAAACAAUGUGUACAGGGAGGAUUGGAAGAUCCAAAGACAGUUACACACCACAAACUCAUUCAUGCUUCUUCAGAGAGGGCCCUGUCGGACACAAAGACUGUGGCUGAAGAAAACCUCCAGGAUAAAGAUGUUUUAUUGUUAAUUAAAAAGCGGGCCCCUGCUGCUCCACCCAAAAUGGCUGAUGUUUCUGCUGAAGAAAAGAAAAAACAAGAGCAAAAGGCACCAGAUAAGGAGGCCAUCAUGAAAGUGACAGCUCAACUUGCUGCUCGACAGGCUGAUCGCAUGGUCACUCAGCACAACCUGCGAGAUUUUCAGACAGAACUCAGGAAAAUCCUUGUUUCGCUAAUAGAAGUGGCACAGAAGCUGCUAGCGCUAAAUCCAGAUGCUGUUGAACUAUUCAAGAAGGCAAAUGCCAUGCUGGAUGAGGAUGAGGAAGAACGGGUGGAUGAGGCAGCUUUACGUCAACUGACGGAAAUGGGCUUCCCCGAGAGCCGAGCAGUUAAAGCAUUGCGGCUGAAUCAUAUGUCUGUAACACAGGCCAUGGAGUGGCUGAUUGAGCAUGCAGAAGACCCAGCAAUUGAUGCACCAUUACCUGUUCCUGGAACAUCUGGAGGAAGGAGAGCAGCUGCAGAAGAGACAAAGCCGGAAGCAGUUAGUGAAAGUUCCAAACAAGAUGACCUGACUGACAUCUUCAAGAGAAUUAGGAGGAAACGGGAAUUUCGACCAGAACCCAGAGCAAUGAUUGCUCUCAUGGAAAUGGGAUUUGAUGAAAAAGAAGUAAUAGAUGCAUUGAGAGUGAAUAACAACCAACAAGAUGCUGCUUGUGAGUGGCUGCUGGGUGAUCGAAAGCCUUCCCCGGAGGAAUUGGAUAAUGGCAUUGAUGUGGAAAGUCCAUUAUUUCAAGCCAUUUUGGACAACCCUGUAGUACAGCUGGGACUGAUUAAUCCUAAAACACUGCUUGCUUUUGAAGAUAUGCUGGAAAAUCCACUGAACAGUACUCAGUGGAUGAACGAUCCUGAGACAGGACCUGUGAUGUUACAGAUUUCUAGAAUUUUCCAGACAUUGAAUCGUACGUAGGACUUCCAGUUUUCUCCCCGACACAGGUGCUUCCAGCUACACACCUGCAGCGAUGGGUAUUAUUUCCUGAGAAGAGCAAUUAUGGAUUGUUCACUGGUGGAACCUGUUUGUACUUAAAACGUGAGAAGCUUGCAGCUACAUCCACUUAACUACUGUUGCCUUUGGAUCUAAUGUUUAAUAACUUGAUCUGAGGUAUUUUAAUUUAAAGGAAUAGUUGUUAGUAAUUGCACAGAAUUUGAGACAUAAGAGAACACUUAUAAAAACAAAAUUUACAAUGGUAAUCCCACUUUGGGAAAAGGGCAACAAUUGUGUUGUUUGGCAUUUGGACGUUUGUGAACAGCCAAAGAACAAAGGGUAAAAAGCUUGGGAUACACUAAACAGAUGUUUACUAUUAUUUGAAUUGCCUUGGUUUUUGAACUCUAUACCUCUUCAAAAGGGAGCGAGCGACUUUGAUAACAGGUGAACUGUACUGUUCCUUCAGAAAUGCACCAAAGCAAAUGUGGAAUGACCUUAAUGAGAGGUUUGAAGAUCUUGGUUAUCGAGGUUGUCAGUCCUCUGUGAGAACCUCAAAAUUUGCAGCAGCGCACCAUAAAGGAGACAAUCCUGGAGACAGUAAUGAUUGCAAUAUUGAAAAUGUAAUCAUUGUAACUGAAUAAGUUUUUCUUAUCACAUCUUUUACGAAUAUGUAGGUUUGGCAUUUCCAUGCACCCUGUAACAUUAGAGGUCCAUCAUUCAAAAUGCUCACAGUGCCAAAUAAGUGGAUUUUAGAGUAAAUAAUACUUCUCCCACUGUUUUUAUUUUAAAAGAAAAAUUCAUACCGUAAUGAAAAUAAAUGGUUCCUUUGUAGCUUUGGAAGUUCUCUUUCACUAUAAGGUACUGAAUUGCUUAUUACUGCUGUGUAUAAGAAAUGUUUAAAUGCUGAUUUUUAUAGAUCGCUCUAUUUGGAGAACUUUUACAGUUGAGUUUUACUUGUGAUAUCCCUGGGUUUUCCAUGCACCAGCUGGUAACAUCUCUGGGGGACAAGGGGAAAAACUAAAAUCCAUACUUAUUGUGACAUACAAUGAUGAAUCCAUCCAAUGAAAUUGAUGAUUACCAUGAACAAAUGAAAUUGUUUUGCUUUUAAGCUAGUUUUUCCAGUGGUGAGAUACUAAAAUUGGUGUUGGGGUUGAAUGCUGGAGUAGUCAUCUGUGUAUGAAAAGGAAAUGCUUUGGCUGCUAGGGUUUAACUUUACACUAGAACGUCUAUAAGUAGUAAAAUUUGAUACACUAUCAAAACAGAGACCAAAGAAGUGCUUUGGUCCCCAUCGAGCAAAAUCUGCUUUUGCUCUGAAAAAUACUUACAAAAUCACUAGACAUGAAGACACAAGCAGUUCUUCCUGUUGUGCUUGGUUGUGUUUUAUAAGUGUUCUCCUUGCUUUAAAACGUGUACUGAAACUAUCAGGAGGUACUGACUCACAAACAAUGUUAAUUUGUAGUUUGGAGUGUGAGACUACCAGUGCUUUUUUAAAAAUAGACUGAGCAGAGUGAAAGGUCUUUUCUGCAUUUAUACUGGGUGAAAAGAUUAUCGAAAGAUUUUCAUUAAAAUGGGGAACUGUCUGGGUGCUGCCUUUUUUUUUUGGAAUUUAGUUGAGUUUCAAUUUUCUACUGUUUCAUUUGAGGUGAUCUUCUCAUCCUCAAGUAACCUGUCUUUAUUGAUAUGGAAUAGAUUGGGUUGUCCGGGAAAUAGCUUUUACUGCAUGAAGUGCAGAUUUAAGCUGGUGUGGAGAAUAAUUGCAACGCAGAAACUUCUAGCUAUAACUAGAGGAACUGAAGUGCUUUAAUUGCAUAAAUUGGGUUAAUUUCUGCCUUAAUUCCAAAUGUUCCAGGGAUUCUGCUUAACGACUGCCUGGCCCUUCUACCCCACCAUGCUUGAUUCAUUGCUUUAGGUACAAAUUCAUGGUUCCUAGCAUUUUUGUGUGCCCUGCUGAAAAUGACAAACUUUUUAAGUGUAAGCCCAAUGAAUAGUUUCAGUAGGUAUUUUUGGUUCUUGGAGCAGAAGAAUGAGAGGUGAUAUCACUGCAUAGCACUUGUGUGUAAUUAAUUUCUCAAUUGUAGAAAUAUAUAGCUUUAUGAUAUUAAACUGAUCCAUACCAUGCCAACCAAAUGAGCAAUUAAGAAUAAUCGCACUUGCCAGGUCUUAUCGGCUGCCUUGUGGUUUUCUACAUAUUGAAUGCUCAUCUUAGAAAUUCUCAUAUGGAGAGGGUCAUUUUAUCUCCACACCCUCUCAGGUUGAAUGCUCAAGAACUGGAUGAAAGAGAUUACCCAUCCUUCAGUACACCAGCGCAAACCUAAUUACUGUUUAAUCUUCACCAUGACCUUUUAAUAUUUGCUGUUGCCAGCAGUGGAAAAUAUUCCACUUAUCAUCAUCACUUUAUUGCUUAGAUAAGCUGUCUUUUGGGAUCCACCAACAAAAUUGCCCUACCUGGUAUCUUACCAUUCUUUGGGUAUUUUCCCACUUUGUUUGCACUCCUCCAAAGAUAUUAUCUUGCACUUCUUCAGAUUGAAUUCCUCUUUGCAAUUUGUUAGCAAUUUUUCAUUUGUGAAGGAACAAAAAUUCUCUGGAGAAUGACCUCAUUUACCACAUGAUCUGCUUACUGAGCAAUUGCUAUUUGUACUCUGUGAUAGUGUAUGUUCACUACUGAGGGAAACAAGUAAUUCAGGUUAUGAAUGCUUGCUUCAAUUCUCAGUUUAUGCUUAUCUACCAUAUGCCUCAAUACAUACACUGAGAGAUUCUUUGCGAUAUAUGUGUGUGAAAGAAUCUCUCAAGUACUUUGUUGAAAAUGGGGCAAUAUAGUCUUUUCAUUUGUGAAUGUGCCAUUCAUUCAUUCCCAAUUCUAGAACAGAAAAUCAGAUGAUCACCCCUACCUUAAUCACCCUGCAUUAAAUGAUUAUAAAUAGUAAACUUCUCCUGAAGGCCCAUGCAAAAUUAUAGAAAUUUGAAAUUGGGUCUCUUAUCAAGUCCAAAUUUUUUGCUCAUCUGUUUGAUCUGGCACCAUCUUUUUGUUACAUGUAAGUUUAAAAAAAAAGCUCCUCUAAACUUUGCCUUCCAAAAGAAGUGUUUUAAGCAUGUCAUCACCGAAUGAUUAAUUUGCAUAAGGACUUUGAAAUAUUGUACCUUUUUCUGUUGUUGCUAGCACUCCAUUUUAUACAAUUAUUCUCCCAUUACUGCCAUUUGGAUCAUGAAAGUUCACCCUUACAAGCUUCACAAAUAACUAUCCAAGAAGUUUGAGAUUCAGAAUAAAAUUCAAUCACAGAAUUUGUGUUUGAAAGCAAAGUAAAUGCCUUUUUCCCCUUGCGUUUCUUGAUACAUGUGGUAUGGAAAAUUGUGAUGCAGCCUGUUUAUUUCUGGGAUUGCAACUACCACUGGGUAUGUUGGGUUGUCUGACCUUGAGUAUGUAUUGUUUAGAUAAAGGUAGAGCUGAGUAAGGAAAAUCAAGGCAUUUCUGGACAAAUAAAAAAAAAACUGAUUUCACUACUGUGAAGACGAGGUAAUCUCCUAAAAAUUGUAAUGGCUCUGUUUCCCUCCUGUCAAGUGAUAUGUCAUAGAAAAUUUUCAAUGGAUAUUGAUAUGUAGGUUCUUAUUUCCAAGUUAUAUGCUCCUUUUAAAAUGUAAGUGAGUCACACUUUCUGAUCUGUCCUCAUCUCGGCAUUUACCAUUGCACAGUGCAGAUUUCAAGCUAUUGGGAAUUGCUGCCAAGAGCUAAUUGCAGCAUCCAUUUGCAGAAACAAACAUUUUUAAAAUUGACUAAUGAAAUCAGAAGGAAAGGAAAAUGUUACUAAUCCACAGUGCAUCUGCAAGCUUGUGAAAAGUAGAUUAACUUAUUUUCACUUUUAGAUGCUGACACCUUUGAUAGCAUGUUUUCCGUUCCUUAUUUCAUUAUUCUAAUAUUCAUUAUUUAUAUUCUACCUUUUUAAAGAAGUGAUUCCAUUUUAGGAUUUUUAGCAAGUGGUAAUUUAUUUGUUAUUAAAAUCAGCUGCAUGACAGAUGGAGGGAUUUUUUGAAUUAGGAAAAGUUAUUUUUAAAUGCAUUUUACCUGUUUUUAAUAAUUCAAAUUUGAAUGAGAGUUUAAUGGCAAAUGACCAUAUGCAAUUUUCUAAAUAUAGACCUUCAGUCUACAGAUUUGUGGGUUAUGUUAAUUAUGUUAGUAAUACAAUGUAAUGUCUGUAUUGAGAUUGUUAUGUAAUGUCUGCAUUGAGGCCUAAUGGAAAUGGAGUGACCUUUAGCGGGAUUGGGCACUUAUCUUGGUUAAUGUGGUAUCAAUGUACAGAACUACGUACUAGUGGCAGAGAGUGGGUGGUUUGACUGUAGCACCAAGAGGCGGAAAAAUAAAGGAUGUGGGAUGGUGAGAAUCGGUGCAGGUUGAUUUAUACAGUGGCAAAAAGAUGUGAUUUAGUGAAGCUCAAAUAGUAAUUGAUCACUGAGAAUGCCAUGCUGGAGUCUUUUCAUGCUUUUUUUUUUACUCAGUUCUUUUCCAAACAUACUGUACUUGGGCAUAACAAGGCCGUGUUCAUUCUGUUGGUCUUUCACUACUUCUAUUCUUGUCUGCUUUCUAAUUUGGAAACUGUUACAACCAGCAAUAAUGUAAUUUUCCUCAUAUCUUUAAGGCUCCAAGUAAAUGCAGUCUUUCAAACUUGCAUUCGCCCCUAUCACUGCAGAUAUGCCAGCUCCCUAUGUGAUUCUCCCUAUGUUUUAUUUUACCAGAUCUUCAAGAGUCACAAUAUGGGCUUGAUACUACCACUUGUUGAUAUCUAGUACUUGUUAAGUUGUCUAAUCUUUUCUUGAUUCAAUCUGUAGUUUGGGCCUUUGUCUUUUUGAUAGGAUUCACAUUUAUGAUGUGUAACGUAGAUGACCCUCUCUUCCCUGCAUUAUUUUAAAUAUUUGUUUUUCUUGUGCCCUUUUGGAGAAUGCCCAGAAACUGCACCAGAAGUUGGCCCUUGUGAUCACCUUCCAGAAAUAUUACUUCAUAAGAAUGGAAAUUAAUUAAAUAUAAUUCCAAAGGCAAAUUCUGUUAGAAUAGUAAAGGGUUAACAUAGCUAGAGUCAUAGAGUAUCUUCCACCAAUUGAGCUUGUUUUAUUUCUGGUUUGGAUGAAAUGCUUUAGCCAAUAUCCCUGCCAGUUAUUUAUCUUUUAAUCAAUAUAUAUUAAAAAGUUGAUUAUUUGGUCAUUUCAUUUUGCUGUGGGAGCUUGGUAUUUCGCAUGAUAAGAUAGUGACUGGUCCUAAAAAGUACUUGCAUUGUGAAAAGCACCAUAUGGUAUAUUUGCUGGGUCAUUUUGUUGCUAUCAUUGUGCCAGGCCUGAGCUGUGGGGAAUACACUGAAUUGCUGCGAGUCAGUUAUUGUUUUGAAAGGUAAUGUUCUCCUGAAAUAGAUGAGAGUAAAUAUCUUCAUAUUGAUGAAUUGCUUAACAUUUCUUUCAAGUGAUCUAUUUAAAUUCUUUACAAUUAGUUGCAGGUCACAAAAUAUUUCUUUCUGACUACCACUGUUCCCAUUAAGCUGCACAGGUGAAUGGCUGUGCAGUAACUGAAAUGCUCCUCUCUGCAGAUAGACUUUGUUGCAGCGUGGCUGGAAUUUUCUUUUGUAUACAGUGCCUUGUAGAAGUAUUCAGCCCCCAACCCUUUGUUCACAUUGACGAGUAUUACAAUAUAACUGAGUAUUUUUAUUUGUGAGUUAUAUGCUUGUUCCUUUUUUCACAGUACAGCCCAAAAAACAGAAACUUGUAAAGCAUGAAAAACUAAAACUUCGAAACUGAAAUGUCAGCGGUUUAAAAGUAUUCAUCCCCCUUUGCUCAGUACUUAGUUGAACCGUCCCUGGCAGCUAUUACAGCCAGUAGAUUUUUUGGAUAAGUCUCUAUUAGCUUUACACAAUGUGGUAGAGCAAGAGUUGCCCAUUCCACUUUGCAAAAUUACUCAAGCUGUGCCAGGUUAGUUGGGGAGCAGCGGUGGACAGCAAUCAUGAGGUCUUGCUAGAGAUGUUCAAUUGGGUUGAAGUCAGGUCUCUGACUGGGCCUCUCAAGGACAUCAAUUUUCUUCAUUUGAAGCCACUCCUUGGUUGCUCUGGCAGUGUGCUUUGGGUCAUUGCCCCACUGAAAGACUAACUUUCUCCCCAGUUUAAGUUUUCUGGCAGAGGCUAGCAGGUUUUAUCCAGGAUCUCUCAGUAUUUAGCAGCAUUCAUCUUCCUAUCAGUCCUGACCAGAUUAACAGUCCCUGCUGCUGAAAAAGCAUUCCCAUAUCAUGACGGUACCUCCACCAUACUUUACAAUAAGGAUGGUUUUCCUGGCUGAUGCUCAUUUUAUUAGAUUUAUGUCACACAUACCACUUAGUGUUGAGACCAAAAAUUUCAACAUAAAUCUCAUCCAACCGCAAGACCUUUUCCCACAUCUUUACGAUAUCGACUAAUUGAUGCUUUGCAAAGUUCUUACAGGUAAAGGUAUGCUUUUUUUUUAAGCCAAGGCUGCUUUCUUGCCACUAUUCCAUAAAUACCCUUCUGACACAAGGCCUUAGCGAUUUUGGAACCAUGAACUUCAUCUCCAGCUGCAGCCACUGACUUCUGCAGCUUACUCAGAGUGACUGUUGGCGUCAAAGUAGCUUUUCUGACAAGUGCCAUUCUUCUCUGGCAACUAAGCUUAGAGGGAUGGCCUAACCUAGGCAGUGUGGUUGUGGUUUCAUUUUUUUUCCUCUUGUUUCUCGAUGGACGGAGCUCUGAGGAAUGUUCACUGUCUUUGAGAUGGUCUUGUACCCAGCCCCAGAUUUGUGCUUCUCUAUUAUCAUUUCCUUUAUUUGUCUUGAAAGCUCUUUUUUCUUCAUUUUGGUUUAGUCUGUUGAAAAUCUGGUAUACUGCUGAACCCUACAGAUUCAUGAAAAAAACAAAUUAAUUGAAAAGCAGGUGAUCCUCCAAUUUUCUACAUCAACUAAUUGGGUGAAUUGGUAAGGUGAUGUGUAGUGUUGCAUCUGAAGAAAGUUAGCAUAGUAAUUACAAAGGGGUGAAUACUUUUUUUAGCCUCAAAUUUGGGUUUUAAUUUUUAGUAAAUUGUUGACAGGUAUUGGAAUCUUUCUUUUGAUUCAACAUGAUGCUGAUUAGCUCAAAAUAAAUCCAAUAUAUUUUAAGUUUAGGAAAUGAGACAGUAAAAUGUGAGAAUAGUUGUUGAAUACUUUCAAGGCACUGUAAUGUUAAAAAUUGAAAUCUGUGUUAAUAUCAUUGUGAAAUGCCCUGUAAUUGAUAAUUAAUAUAUCCAUAAAUUUUCUAAAUAAUAAACUUAACGCAACCUUUGAAACAUUUUAGAGCAUCAACGUAUUUACAUUGUCAGUGUUUCAAGUUACAAGACUGUUGAAACUUGAAACACUGAAACUGUAGCAAUAAACACAGAAUAGAAAUGAGUGGCUCAUUGUUAAUAAGCCACCAGCCUGCCGAAUACUACCUUCUAUUCAAAACAUUUAAAUUUUGCAUUGUGCCUAUCAGUUGUUUUGAUUGUUUGACAUCAUUACUUGUGUUUAGGAAACAUUCAAAGUGCUGUGCAGUUUUCAGGCUGUUUAUUUUUUUUUGGGGGGGGGAGAAUAAUCCUGCUCAGAGCUAUGCUUGGUCCACACAGCUGUUUAAAAAAAAAUAGGAAAUUAGAGGGAAUGUUGCUGAUUACCCUAUCCCGCUCCUGAAAUGAUACGAUUGGUUAAUAUACUCUGAUAUCUUCAUUAUUAAAAUUUAAAUUUUCCACAAGAAUUCCAAACUUUGAAUUAUUUAUACUUGGAAUUAUUGAAUUGUACCAAAUAGAGUUGUAUGGCAGAGGAAUGGGCCAUUUGUCACACUAUGGUCACCAUUGUAACAUUGCUGUCGACUUGCUGAGUUCUCUACCAACAAUAGUGAUUACAUUUCUAAAUAUAUCAGUCGAUACAUAUGGUUGAAGGCAUCCUGAGAUUGUAAAAGGGCUCUCUCAAAAUCCAGUUUGCAGACAUUUAAUGGUUCCCUUGAUUAUUCAGUUUGAUGACUGGAAAAAUAAGAGAACACUUAAGAUUGUCAGUGGAAGAGAUCCCUGCUGAAAGGUAAAUUUUUAAAGUAUAAAUUGACAAAAAAAGAUGUACUUAUGGCUAGGUGUUGAAUUGUUCAAUGGUUUCUCUAAAUUUUCUGUUUGUAGCUAAAUUCACUGGUUGCAUGAUAUUGACUAUUAAUAUUAAAUGUAAUAAAUGGAUUGUUUAUUCAUGCCCAUUACCUGGAAAGGGCAAACCAUUUAUAAACUAGUUGGGUUUGUAAUUGAUGAAAGAUGAUGGUGUACAGUCUGGAGAUGUAUUUGCUAUUAGUGAUGUCUGUUACCUUGAACUUUCUAUUUCCAUCCCUUCUCAAAGGAAUUUGGGCAACUUGCUGAGUUUGCUUUGAGACAUCCUAUCUGAACAUUCAAAAAUUGUGCUUUCUGAUAUCCCUAUGUGAAAGUUUCUAGGAGAUUUAAGCUUGCUAUGUUUGCUACCACAACCCUGGAGGAGGAAAUGAAAAUUAUCUAGUGGGAUUCCCACUAAUAUUCGCAAUGUGUUAAAACUGAUUCAAGCUUGUGUUGUGAGCUCUGUAGCAGUUAUUGCUGUGAUUCUUUCUAAGCCAAAUGACUGUGCUAUCACCUUGCAGCAAGUUACACUGCCGUCAUUAUGUAGCCUCAAAAUUGGUCCUCUUGCCAGUUGUUUCUAGUAAUUUGUCUGAUUCAUACAGAAAUUAAAAGUCAAGGAGGCAUCCAUUUCUCACCUGAAUAUUAUCCACUGACUGCUGCUGCUGUGAUGCAGAACAUUAGAAACUGAAUUCUCUGCAGUGUUACUGCUUUCUUUAUGUCUAAACCAAACUCAGUGAAUCAUUUAGAAUAGCUACCUUGGAUAUUUAUAUAUUUCUAUCAGUGAUAUACAUGCAUUAUGAGAAUCUGAAAUGUUACCUGUGAAAAUGCUACAUCAAUUUAUUGUAAAACUGUCAGUUGAAAACCAUUGCAGUUCUGUGAAUAGUCUUUUUGAAUUAGAAUGUGUGGCUGGGACUCCCCUUGCUCUCUCAGAUCUGGUAAAUUUCUGGAGAAGUUAAACUUAAUCAUAACCUUACCAUUUUCAUUCUUACAAUUAAAGAAUAUCGAGCCAGAAUGAUUUUUCCUUCUAAGAUGGAUACCCAGUCUCAUGCAGAGACACUUAGUUUGUAGAAGUCUAUAUAGAUUUAGAUUUUUUUCUUACUGAGAAUGUGAUAUAUCUGUCAAAAUAUAAGACUAUAUUUUCAUUUCUAGAUCAAUUUAUUUUCGAAGUGAAGUCUCUAUCUGUAAAGCAAGGAGUUCACAGGGUCUUGCAUUGAAAGCAGGAUACUCUCAUAUGUAUGAAUUCCAUCACUGACUCUAGUUUUUCACUUUCUGGCCCAGUAUAUGGCAUCUGCAGUUUCUGGACUUGCAUUGAGAAGAGAGACUUGCUAAACUUGUAACCUUCACCAGUUUCUGGUUAAUAAUUACCAUCACAGCAACCUUCUCUGCAUUCGUACUGGUCACUUUGUAUGUGGUACAUGCAACUGUGUUGAUCAGAUACAUAGCUGUAUUACAUGGUACACUUAUCAAUGGUACAAUAGGGAAAUAGAAUUCAGACUCGUUUUAGCUAUAGGGGUUGGUUCCUCAUUUGUCUCAAGUCAACCAAAAAUCAAAAAGAUAGUUGUAUAUUCCAUAAUGUACUGUACAUUGCUAUCAUCUCAUUCUUGCAGCAGUAUUUACCACUUUCUGCCACUCAUCUCAAACCUUUAGUUAUUUUACAAACUAUCCCAUGGAUGUUAGAAGCACUAUUGUUUGUUUCAUUUGAUUUUUAAAAAUUUUUUUAUAUAAACAAAAAACCCCAAAAGAAAAACAGAAAAAAAAACCCCAAGGAAAAAAAACAAAACAGGACUAGACCAACAGCUUAUAUCGGACAUGUUCAAUAAUGUCAUUAACUCCGCUCCUCUCAUCAUAUAAUUUAAAUUUAGAAAAAAGAUUCGGAAAGGUCAGAUUACAUCAUAUGAAAAUGUUGCAUAAAAGGUUUCCAAGUUUCUUCAAAUUUAACCGAUAUGUUUCAUUUGAUUUACAGCAAUGUCCUUGCCUGCAAAAGAUGCAGAUGGGACAAAUACAUUUGAUCAUCUCUGUGUCAGGCAACGUGUAGUGUUGUUUUGACUUUGGGUUUAAGUUGAUCUCAUGAUUUGAAUUGAAGAAUUAUUUAAUUUUCUUGCCAGUCUAAUUGUGCUGCUUUUGUUUUAUUUCUGAAAAAUAGCAGCUCUUCAUAAUGUCCUCCUCUGCUGUUUGAGAGAAACAUCCUCAGAUAGUGACCCAGAAUAUAUAUCAGCAGUGUAUGAUAUAAUUCCACUGAUGUAUUAAAUGGUUAGAGGUCAAAUGCAGCCACUCUAUUUCAAAUCUUCAGCAUUCUCAAGUUAAUCUAUUGUUUGUAAUGGACAUAAUUGAUGUGACAAUUUGAUGUGGGAGGGAUUGAGAUGAUGGACAAAGUGUGGGUGAGAGAACAUAAGGGCUUGGAUUAGGGUGCAGUACAAACAUGCUGUAUUCAACCAAAUGCUUUGGCUGGUGCUAUAUCUAUUGAAUUGGAUUAUGUCCCCUUUCACUUUUUAUCAGGAUUGUGGUCUAUGAUGUGCAACUUCUUAGUUCAGGGUAAAACUGCAAUCAUGCAGCCUGUCAGAGUUUUGCCUUUUACUGCGAUACAAAACUUCAGUGAGAAGCAGAACUGAGCAUUCAUUUUAAUGUAAAUGUAAACUUACCAUGACUUUUAUUGUCUAUAUUUAUUGUCAUUGACACAUCAACAAUCAAACAAAAAGAAUUUAGUGGCAGUUAUGGAAUCUGAUCAUUAAUUGUGCCAUUGAUUUGGCUGGUCAGGUUCCUUAACUCUGUCAGUAAACUCUUCAGCUGUACUGCAACUUUGAUCUCUGGUUACACACCCGUUUUUCAAAAUCUAGAACAUUAGUUCUCAAUUAUACAGCUGUUAAGAGCCAUGUCAUCAGCAUAUAAUGUUGGAGUGUUAUCAGUUAAGGCUAGUCUUGUAGGGCUUUUGGGUGUUUACGAGAGCAUCAUGUAAAUUCACCUGCCCAAUAUCUUCAUGAUUGUCAGCUAUUGGAGAAGGAAAGCAAAUUCCGAUCUUGCAUCCUUAUGAGAAUUAUCUAUUGACAGCAGAAGUAGCAUCUAGAAUGUAUUCUGCUAUAUACCUCAAUGUUGAUGGUUUGUUUUGUGGAUAUGGCCAAGUUCCCUGCAAACUAGAAAAUGAAAGAUGCUUUUUUUUUCAAAAAGAGUGUUGUGGUAUUAUUGUCUGACUGCUUUAGGCUGACCUGAAUCAACUUUUAGGAAGAUAGACAUAUUGAACCUCAUCACCAGUUUUAUAAUCUUGUACUUUUGUAAGAUUGGAAGCUGGUUCAAGAUAGAGGCCUGGUCAAUGUAUUCUUUUUCAUUUUCAUUGUUGUCCCAUGGAGAAGAGUACAGAGCUUUGGGUCAGGUGUGGCUAAGUGAGACUAAUUGAAUUACAUUUUCAAAGAGUUCAAUACGUUAAAUGGUAUUGCAAGAAUACACAAUUUUCAGAAUCUAGCCCUGCAAGAUGCAACAAAAAUGAGUUAACAGAAGGAAGAGAAGCUUGAGCCAGGAAGAGAGAGAGAGAUGAGAGCUGGCAUUGAUUUCUUUAGCCCAGCCCACUUACACAGUCUUUGUAAUGAAAACAGCAAAAGAUAUAAAUCUGCUAUCAUUCGGUCUGAGCAAAUUAAGUUCAUGGUCUACAUUAAUACGAGAGAUUGUAAUACUGCAUAUGAGGAUUUAAUAUAAGAAUCAUUUUGAGGCGAGGCAAUCUCAACUAAAUUCCUGUCUUCAUUUAUUAACUGCAGUUCUGCUGCAAUUCUGGUUGUAUCUGGUGGACAAGGGAAAAGUGUGCAUUAAAGCAUUCCUGUUGUUCCCCAGUUUUUAAUAGAGUAUUACUACACAGGGUUUCUAUAGUCCAAUGCAGCUCUUCGUGAAAAUACAUUGCAAUUCUGUGUUGCAUCACUCUUUUCUGUGUUCUGAUUAAUUGCAAUUGCUUGUAAAACAGCCCUCAAUUGUCAAAAGUUGUUCUUUCCCAAGUUAGAAUUGGCACAAUUUCUCCCCAUUUCCUGUACCUAUUUGGAGUGACUGUGAACUGGUUUUGUGGAUUGUGAAGUGCACCGUUCUGAUACUAAUGUGAACUGAUUUCAGGUUGUUUGACAAAAUGUUUGGAAUUUAUUUAUUUGCAAUAAAAGAUUUA